CCCCUAGCGGCUAAGCACCUGCGGGCCGCUCCUCGGCCGGCCGCGCCACGGGGCUCACCGCGCGGUAAGCGGCGGGCCACAUCCUGCCCGUCAGCCGGAGCAGAGACUCAGCAGAGAGCCGCUGUACAGGCCGCCGCCCCGCCCCCAAGUAGCAGAAUUUAAUGUCUUGCAAGACAGCGAUGGCUUUUCCUCUAGAAUUUGAAUAUGGAGGCCACAGGGACAGAUGAAGUGGAAAAGAUCAAAUCAAAGUUUAUGUCAGCAUGGAACAACAUGAAAUACAGUUGGGUAUUGAAAACAAAAACUUACUUCAGUAGAAACUCUCCAGUCUUUCUGCUGGGAAAAUGUUACCACUUCAAAUCUGAUGAAUCUGGUGAACUCUCUACAGAGGGAUCCAACUUUGAUAAAAUCAACACAGAGAUUUCAGGAAACGUUGAGGAGUUUCGUAAAGAUUUCAUCUCUAGGAUAUGGCUGACCUACCGAGAGGAAUUUCCUCAGAUAAAGGGGUCUGCACUCACAACAGACUGUGGCUGGGGCUGCACGCUCAGAACUGGUCAGAUGUUGCUGGCUCAAGGUCUUAUGCUUCAUUUUCUUGGUAGAGCCUGGGUCUGGCCAGAUGCCUUGGACAUUGAAAAUUCAGAUUCUGAAUCCUGGACAGCCCACACAGUUAAGAAGCUGACAGCAUCGUUGGAAGCAUCGCUUACAGCAGAAAGAGAGCCCAAGAUCCUGUCAAACCAUCAGGAGAGAAUAAGGAGAAACUGUGGCGAUGGUGAAAUGAGAAAUGAAGUUUAUCACAGAAAAAUAAUUUCUUGGUUUGGCGACUCUCCGUUGGCAGCUUUUGGCUUACAUCAGCUAAUAGAAUAUGGAAAGAAGUCUGGGAAAAUUGCUGGAGAUUGGUACGGGCCUGCACUUGUUGCACACAUUUUAAGUUUUGUGUUUGUACUUAGAAAAGCUGUUGAAGAAGCAAGAGACCCUGAGCUGCAGGGAGUAACAGUCUAUGUUGCUCAGGAUUGUACAGUCUACAGUUCAGAUGUUAUUGACAGACAGUGUUCUUUUAUGGAUUCUGGAGAAACAGACACAAAAGCUGUAAUUAUAUUAGUUCCAGUGAGACUCGGUGGAGAAAGAACAAACAUGGACUACUUAGAGUUUGUAAAGGGUAUUUUAAGCCUUGAGUAUUGUGUUGGUAUUAUUGGUGGCAAACCCAAGCAGUCGUAUUACUUUGCUGGAUUUCAAGAUGACAGUUUGAUUUACAUGGAUCCUCAUUACUGCCAAUCUUUUGUAGAUGUCAGCAUAAAGGAUUUCCCUCUUGAGUCAUUCCACUGUCCUUCUCCCAAAAAGAUGUCAUUCAAAAAAAUGGAUCCGAGCUGUACAAUAGGAUUUUACUGUAGAACUGUGCAGGACUUUGAGAAGGCUUCUGAGGAAAUAACAAAGAUGCUGAAAUCUUCAUCCAAGGAAAAAUACCCCUUGUUUACUUUUGUGAAGGGUCAUUCCAGAGACUAUGACUUUGCUUCCAGUCCACUCCAUGAAGAAAAUGACCUUUUCUCUGAGGAUGAAAAGAAAAGAUUAAAGAGAUUUAGUACUGAGGAGUUUGUCUUGCUGUAAGGACAUUUCCCACCAGGUGAUUGGCAUCUGUCCAGGAGAACACUUGCCUUCAGAAAAAAAAUAAAA